UAAUGGCGGAUAAAAAAAGUAAAUAGAGAAAUUGUGGAGAAUACAUCGUCUGCAUAAAAGAUGUUAAAACUUUAUCCCAAGACUCUAACGGGGUCCCUGCAUGCACAGAAUAAAGGAGCAUGUGACUGGGGCUGGCAAGGUUUACUUGCAUUUGGUUGCUAUAAUUAUGUAAAUGUCAUUGAUCCAAAAACGUUACAGGUCAUUCAGACAUUAGAAAAACAUAAAGCUAAUGUAGUGAAGGUGAAAUGGGGAAAAGAAAAUUAUCAUCACGAUUUAAACAGUCCAUACACGUUACGUCUAGCUACAGCUGAUAACAACGGAGUUAUCAUUAUUUGGGACGUAGGCCAAGGCCAUGCUAAAUUAGAAUUCUCUGAGAACAAUAAACCAGUUCAAGAUAUAAAAUGGUUGACCAAUCAAGAUGCUUCACGAGAUUUAUUAGUGGCAUUACACCCCCCAUAUUCACUCAUUCUGUGGAACGCAGACACCGGGACACGACUCUGGAAAAAAUCUUACACAGAAAAUCUUGUGUCCUUUUCGUUUGAUCCAUUUAAUCCUAGAAAUGUUGUCUUUUUAGGACAGGAGUGUAUUGUGUUUAUUGAUGAUUUUACAAUCACUAAAACACCAUCAAGUAAUGGCAAGAAGUAUUAUAUAUCUAGUCCAUCAAGUCAUGGAGGCUCGACUCCUGUCAGUGGAACAAAUAGUUUAGAUAGAAAGCUAUCAACAUCAUCAAGCUCAAAAAACCUUGCUAAAAGAAUGAGUAGGAUAUUAAUUGGUGAAAGUAAACCAAGUAAAUCUGUGCAGGCUGAUGAAGAAUCAAUUCCAUUAAAUGAAUGUUUACAGUUGUCUUACCAUCGUUCCUGUCGCCAUCACCUCAUCUUACUCUACGCUAGAGAGUUACUCAUACUUGACUUGGAAAUAAAUCAAACAGUUGGAAUUAUAGCCAUGGAUCGAACUAGUUCUCCUUUUCAACAGGUUGUACCAUGUUGGCAGAGAGAUGCUAUUUUAUGCCUACAUGAAAAUGGAGGAAUAUCAAUGAGAGUAAGACGUAAAACUAACGUCAUGUUAACACCUGCCAUGGAGGGUAGCGGAGCUUUUGAUGAUUCUCCACCCAAUGUAUCUUUAGAUGUUUCGUAUGAACUACGAUGCCAGUCAGAUCCACUUCGAAUAACUCGACAUAAUAAAGUUUAUGGCAUCAUGGUUAAUCCUGUGUCAGAAUCCUCUGUUGCUUUAGUGAUGAGUGAUAGUCGUGUUAUUUUCUGGGAUUUAAAAGGCAACUCUGUCAAGAUUCCAACAUCAUCAAGUUUAAAUCUGUUUCCUUCCUCUCCACUUCACACUCCAGGAUCUAAAUUACCUGUUAAUACAAUUGGUGCUGCUUCAGAUAUCAAUUUUCCUGUUCUUAGUAAUGUAGAAUAUCCUAAAUGUUCUUUAGCUGAUAUGAUUGGUCCAUCACAAUUACCAGGAGGCAAUACAAAUAGUCCUAGGUCAACUAGAGGUCACAGUAUACAGUUGAAAUUUUUAAUGACUGGAUUAUUAAAUGGAGUAACUUCUCAUGUCACAUGUUUGAGGAUGUGCCCACCGUUAACCAAUAAAAACUACUCAAAUUAUCGACCCCUUGUUGCACUCGGUUCGUUUAAUGGAAUGUUACAGAUUGUAAAUGUCUCUAGCGGUCAGGUUGAUAGAGAAUAUAGUCUUCAUUCUUCUACUGUCAGAGGAAUUGAGUGGACUGGAUUAAAGACGUUUUUGACACAUGCACAUGCUAACCCUGGACAGAGCGGACUUGUUAAAAAUGAGAUCUAUCUUUUAGAUAUCUUAUCAGGUAAAUCUACAUCAGUUAGAAAUCAUACCGAAGACGAAUCACCAAUAAUCAGUUUACAAGUCUCAAAUUUAAAACAAUAUUUUGUGAUAGCUUUUAAAGAUAAACCAUUGGAAUUAUGGGAUUUAAAGUCACUGACAGUUAUCAGAGAAUUACCUAAAAACUUUCCUCGGCCUACUGCCACAAUUUGGUCGCCUUCUCAUAGUACCAAGACAAUUAAGAAAAAAUUACUAGAUGCUUGUGAAGAUGAAAAACCAAUGAAAUCCCCGAUUGACGCCAUGUCUUCAUCAGGUCAACUCACCAAAUCUGAUUCUAACACGUCAAUCAAAGAAAAGAAGACAAGCAGUAAAGGAACAGUUCGUGAACAUUUUGUGAUGACUGAUAAAGAUGGAACAGUCUUUCAUUUUAUUGUAGAGGGUAGUAGUAUCAGUGAUGUCACAAAAAUACCACCAGAGAAUGGUCUGGGUACGAUCACAUGCCUGGCAUGGAAGAAUGAUUACCUGAUGUUUGGAGAUGUGGAUGGAAUUCUCUGUUGUUGGGAUUUAAAGGGGAAAAUAUCCAGGACAGUGCCAACAAAUCGAGGUUGGAUAAAGAAAAUAAAGUUUGCACCGGGAAGGGAAAAUUUCAAGUUUUUUACGCUACACAAUGAUGGUGCUGUCAUCUGGGAUUUUAAUAAAGAGGGGAAAGUGGAAAUUCAGUAUUUUAUAAAAAGUCCAAAAGAGAUUGCGAAGAUAUCAGAUGCAGAGUGGGCGGGAUCAGAUCGUCCUAUGCUGGUUACCACUAAUGGAGCAUUACAUGUUACAGAUAUAACAUUAAGGAACUCAAGUUCACCAACGGAUAACUGGGAUCUUCCAGAGCCAUUGUUCUGUCCUCACCUAGUUUCAUCCAAAUCUUCUCAAUUAUUAAAAUGUAUUUUACAACACCAGCCAUGGGAGGAGACAUACAAUCUUAUGGCACCCAGCAUGCGAGAAGAUGACAUCGAGACAGAAAAUACAAUAAAUAAACAACUUAAUCUAAUAGACAGUUCUAUGACAAGUUAUUUGCCUCGUACACAAUUUGGAACAGCUGAGCGAUGUCUGCUAAUAGCCAGAAUAUUUGGCGAUGAAUCUGAUCUCCAUUUCUGGACAGUAGCUCUUCACUAUUUAAGAUCAGAAAAAUACCAACCAAUGAGCAAGGCACCAAGUCGAGUGACAUCUCAGUCAGAUAUGGGUGAUUUAUUUAUUCCAUCUACACCCAGUUAUAAAGAGGCUACAGACCUUGUAGUCUUGGACAAUCCAGACCAACAAGAAAGAUCGUAUUUACUGAAUGAAUUAUAUAGAGAUCAACCACUAGAAAGAUGUUAUGAUAUUUUAAUAGAUUCUGAUAGUUUUAAGAAAUAUCAACUAGAUCGAGUGGCUCUCCAUGACAACAAACGGGCAACCAAUGAUCAUACGCAUAAAUGUGUGGAGAAUUAUAUAUUAUUGGGACAGACAGAUCGCGCUGUACAGUUGCUUCUGGAGACAGAGGCAGAUAACACAACAUAUUAUGUUGAUUCUUUAAGGGCUUGUCUGGUAGCUAGUAUACGGUCAUCUGGAGCAUCUCAAAGUACAAUAAAAUUAGUCGCCACAAAUCUGAUAGCCAAUGGAAAACUCUCUGAGGGAGUACAGUUGCUGUGUUUGAUAGAUAAGAGUCUGGAUGCCUGUCGCUACCUACAAACAUACGGGGAUUGGGAUAAAUCUGUCUGGUUAGCCAAGGCUACAUUAGACCACAAUGAGAGAAGUGAGUUAAUGAAGAGAUAUGCUGAUCAUUUGUGUGGUACACAGAUCAAUCUAAAGAGUAAAGCACUGUUAGUUUUACUGUCCUUAGGUCAGUUUUAUAAAGUUGUAGAGAUGUUAUAUGGAAUGAGAUGUUUUGAUCGGGCUGUGUGUUUUAUUGAAGCUUGUAAAGAAUUUAAUUUGAUGGAAAAUACAAAAGAUAAUGCAUCUUUAUUUGAAGCAGUAUAUUUAGAAUAUGCUCGUUUUCUCACAAACCUUGGACAUCGGAAAGCUGCUGAAUAUUACUGUCACAAAGCAGGUGAUAAAGGGCAACAACUCUUGAAAGAAGUAGAGAUUUUAUUUACCUGAUAAAACAGUACCAGAAGACAUUUGAUUUUGUCAGUAAAUAUUUGAUAAUUACUAUGACUUGACUUUAACACUGGUUGUUACAAACUAAUUUACAGUGACUAUAUCUGUUGUAAUCUGAACCAAGCUGUAUGUGGAGGAUUGUAUUGUGUAAUUUAUUGUAAAGCAAGAAAUUGAAUGUGAACAUAAAAUGAAUGCAUUUAAUGCCACCUAUCACCAGUUAUAUUUGUUUCAGUAUCUAUUUCUGUCCUGUAAACAACCAAAAUACUGUUUAUCAGAAUAACCAUAACACCCCUAAAAACAACACAAUAAUUAUUAGAUCAUAAGUCAAACAAUAUGGUUGCUAAAAAAAAUUAGUGUGUUUUAAUACAUUCUUUGUUAAUAUUACAAGAAGCCACACUGUCAUAAUUUUAGGUAAGAGUAGGAUUUGAUGGGUCAUAUUAAUGUGUGUUGACAACCAUCAGAUAUUGCAUUAAUUUCAUGAUGGGUUAAUUUCUUGUCUGAUAGAUUUAAGCAAAUUUAUUUAUAGUUUAUUUCACAGAGUUUUUAUUGUACUAUAGUGGUGUCAUUUAUAGAGAUUUUUUAUACACCAGGAAUAUUCAACAUUCAAUUGAUAUCUAUGAUACCCCUUUAUCACACACAUAACAACUCUAUUGAUUUGAUUUCAUGUUAGAAACUGCUAAAAAUGAGAUGGUGUGUAAUGUUAGUGCUGCGUUUUUCUCGAGUCUCUCCCAGUAUAUAAUUUACACUUUCUGUUUGGCACAUUCUCUUUGAGUCUUCUUGUCAAGAAAUUGCCCUUCUUAUUCAUGCUAAAAGAGAAAUGAGGUUUAACAUCCACUCAACACAAACUACUACAAUUGUACAUUUGUACAUAACAUGGCAGAUCUUUAUUUCAAUAAUUUGCUUUGGUGCAGGGGUCUUUAGCUGUAGAGGAAACUGGAGAGAAUAUAAAGAAGGUUAGGCAAGCUAUCAUUCCCCUUGUCACAUAUAGGAUCAUAACUGUGAUACUUGACUCAAUGACAGAUCUUAUAAUCUACAGCACAUGUGUUGGAGUCUUACACCCCAUGGCAAGAAGGAUCUCAGUGUAACUCUCAGUGCUAAUGUAAUCCCGCCUUGUUAAUAGGAUGCAGACCACAAUUUACUUCCGUAUUGGGGUCAAGGUUAAUUCAGUCGUUUUACCCGGCUCCAUCUUUCACCCAAAUUUUAUUUGGGCUGAAAGCUUUUUCCUACAGACAGAGCAACUUCUGGCCAUGUCUUUGCUUCAAAAUUUGUAUGAGGUGACCACUGAAAAUUUGAGAUAUCUGAACCCGAAGUAGCAUACUAUAAAAAUGUAACUAUCCGCCGUACAUGUGACAGUAACCAACCUCUUAACUCUGUUACCCUUCCACCCCUAAACCAUGAAUAUCUACCAAAAAAUAAUGAAUCUUCUUAAACAUACAUUAUGCAAGAGCUAAAUCUGCCAAUUGCAGGUCUUUCUUUAGGCCUGAAAUGUUAUCUUAAUUAUUAAUUAGACAUUAACUAACUUAUCCAGACGAUAAUCGCUAGCCUGUGAUAUUUACUGAAUUAGAAUCCGAUCUGCAGCUCAACGCUCAUUGAUGAUUAAAUCAAAAAAUGGAUAAUCGAGACCUAUGUUUUUUUUUAUGGUACCGACUUUAGUAAUAAUGACCAAAGCUAGGCCCAAAAUUCAGUCGCUAAAUUCUCGGUUCAGAGUGGAUCAAUUUGACUGAAAUUUUCAACAAAUUCCCUUUACAUUAUCCAGUUUUUAACUAUUAUAGUGAGAACUGCCAGCUCUUUAUCUAAUCUCCCAUAAUGUAUCUUUAAGAGACCAGUCGAAUAAACCCAAAUCUAUAGUAAUUGUAUAUUAUUAUAUUAUUUAUAUUUGUACAUUAUGUUGUUAUUAUGUUACUUCCAGUCUAUACACAGAAAUAAAAUAUAA